AUGGCUAAGAAUGCAGUAACCUACAAUAAUGUGCAUGUUGACUUCACUCAGGAAGAGUGGAUGUUGUUGGAUCUUUCCCAGAAAAGCCUCUACAAAGACGUAUUGCUGGAGACCUAUAGGAACCUCACUGCUAUAGGUAUGAAAGAAGUCAUUCAGAAGAGAAACCCUCUGAGUAUAUUCAAUGUGUUAAAGCCUUCGUAUAUUGCAGUCCUCUUCAGAGGCAUGAAAGAAUUCAUACUGGAGAGAAACUCCAUGAAGGUAUUCAGUAUGGUGAAGCUUCUGGAUGCCACAGUAUGCUCCAAAUACAUAAAUGAACACAUACUGGAGAGAAACCCUAUGAAUGCAAUCAUUGUGGUAAAUCCUUUAUACAACACUGUAAUCUCCAAAAUCAUAAAAGAACACAUACUGGAGAGAAACCCUAAGAAUGCAAUCAUUGUGGUAAUGCUUUUGCAAGUCAUGGUCAGCUUCAAAUUCAUAAAAGAACACAUACUGGAGAGAAACCUUAUGAAUGUAUUCAAUGUGGGAAAGCCUUUUCACUACAUAGUAAUCUCCAAAAACAUAAAAGAACACAUACUGGAGAGAAACGCUACAAAUGUAAUCAGUGUGAUAAAGCCUUUGCAUAUAUCCGUAGUCUUCGAGUUCAUGAGAAAAAGUCAUACUGUAGAGAAAUUCUAUAAAUGUAGUCAGUGUGUUACCAUUUUGCAUUUUAUGAUAGUCUUUAUACAAGAGUAAAACUUUCAGUGUAUAAUUGAUCUAAUGAAUUGGUCUCUGGCAUAUCAC